GGUACUAGAAAACAAAGUGGUGAAUCUUGGCUGUGCUCAGAUGUGGAGACUGUUUUAACAUCUGUAAAUCACCAGAUGUGGAUCGAUUCACGAUUUAACUCUCAGCACCAGGACCUAAACGGAUACAACCUCAGAGUAAUUUCAAACAGUGAGCUUUCAGGACCUUACCUUCGUCUCUGUCGGGGCGGAAGUCGUGAGUGAGGAACUAUCGCGAGAUGGGACGAGAUCCGCGUGCAGCUGAUCUACACAUGAUGUGGAUCUAAGAAGCUGCUGAUCUGAAACCAUCAGGCCUUUUAUAAAUCUACUUUUCCAUUUACUUCACGAACAGACUUUUAAUAUCUAUUUUAUUCUCUGGAUAUUAGUUUAAAAUGUUAAAACAACUCGUAAUGAGAAAUGAAAUGUGCGGACGGGUUGUUUUUUAUUAUUGUUCAUUCAAAUAAUUAUUGAGAUAAAUGUAUUUAGCACCUGCACUUCCUGUAAAGACAAUAAAACACUGUCAGUCUUCUGCAGGAACUGAAGGAGAAAGUUGAAAGGUGGGUGACGAUCUGUCUCCUCUUCAAGUUCAUCAAUUAUCAAAAAUAUCUGACGGAUAAAACUUUCAAUCAAUGAAUCGAUUACUACACUACUUGUAGCAGCUGAUGUUUUUAUGUAAUGAUCUAGUUAUUACUUUCUGUGUUGAUCAACCUGUAUUUGUUUUGCAGUUAUUAGUUGAUUAAUCUGUCAAUAAAUAGACAAAUGAACACUUAUCAAUAAUCAAACAGUGAUCAUCUACUUAUUUAAGAAAUUUCAGAACAAAUACUGCUUUUGCAGAGAGUAUCACUGCAAAGUGAGCUAUAAAGGAAAUAUAUAUUUUUUCCUAAUUUUUUUCAGUUUGUAGCGUAUUUAUUAUUUGAUCAAGAAAAAGUAAAAUCAACCGAUCGGUUUGUGUGAAAAAUGAAAACACCCUAGUCUAUAAAUAAUAAUUAAAAUGCUCUUCAGUAGCACAAAUUAUACUUUACAUACAGUGAGUACAUUUUUCUCGUAAUCUUUUACUCAAAUAAGAUUAUUGAAUGCGUGACUAAAUGCAAUAGAAUAUUUUCACUGUGUUUAAACUUUUACAUUCUCAAACCUUUGUACCAGUCCAACUGGUUUGGCUGCCUCUGGCCUAGUUGUACAGUGUCUGUUAUGUAACACGUUAUUACAGAAACACGCCCCCUGCACUGACAUGAGGCUUUAUGGGUUUGAUCCUCGACCCUCUGCCGCCAAUUCCAGCAAUAAUAAAGACUUCAAGUUGUGGAUUAACUCCCGAAGAGCCCAGUUAUAUCAAAGGUUGUCUUGCAGGCAGCGUUGGACACGAUUGUUCCGCCUCCAUUUUACCUCCAGGUUUGAGACACAGGCCCGUUCAUCAUGACAAGCGUGAAGGUCGUGGUGGUGGGAGCAGGCGUGAUCGGGUUCUCCACCGCUGUCUGCAUCGCCGAGGCUCUUCCUUCCUGCUCGGUCACUCUGCUGUCAGAGAAGUUCAGCCCGGACACCACCAGUGAUGGAGCUGCAGGGAUCCUGUUUGCUGGAAAGUUCCCAGAUAUUCCUUUGGAAAGACAAAGGCUCUGGUUCAAGGACAGCUUUGAUCACCUGUUGGCCAUCGCUCAAUCCCAACACUCCCCAGAGGCCGGAGUAAUGCUGAGCUCUGGCUGGCAAAUUUUCAAAGAGGUUCCGGCGGAUAAAGUUCCCUUCUGGUCAGAGUUUGUGAUCGGCUUCCGACUCAUGACCGGCCGCGAACUGAGACGGUUCCCAGAUCAUACGUUUGGCCAGGUGUUCACCACCAUCAAAUGUGAAUGUUCCAGCUACCUGCCGUGGCUGGAGAACAGGUUCAAAAGAGCUGGAGGUCAAGUGCAGCAGAGGAAAGUCGACAAUCUCCAGGAAUUAAGCAACAGCUACGACAUCAUUGUCAAUUGCUCUGGUUUGGGCUCCAAGCUGCUGGUGGGCGACACCCAGGUCUACCCCGUCAGAGGCCAGGUCCUCAAGGUGGAGGCGCCCUGGCUGCAGCACUUCAUCCGAGACGGAGAUGGAAAGACUUACAUCUUCCCCGGCAUACACAGCGUCACUGUCGGCGGCACGAGGCAGGAGGGGGACUGGCGACUAGAGGCGGACGAGGGAGACACCAAGAGCAUCCUGGAGCGAUGCGGCAGGCUGGAGCCGUCCAUCAGCAAAGCCAAAGUUCUCAGCGAGUGGGUGGGUCUGCGCCCGAGCAGGAGGAACCCGAGGGUGGAGAGGGAGCUGGUGCAGCUGCAGGGCCGCCAGGUACCAGUGGUCCAUAACUAUGGCCACGGGGGCUGGGGAGUCACUCUGGCCUGGGGCACCGCCCUGGAUGCCAUGAGGCUGGUCCGACAGUGCCUCAGUGAAAAGCCUGCUCGAGCUAAACUGUGAACUGAACCUGGAUAUUUUGCACAGACAACACUUUAAAGAACAAGUACACAACUGCUGAAAUAUUUAAAUCAAUGAUACACAACAUAUCAACUGAUCAGAACUUAUUAAAUGCUUUAAAGUUAUACAUCUACUGUAGCUUUUACAUUGUUUAGUAUAAAAAGACAAUGAAAAAAAUGUAAUACUUUACUGACAUCUGGGGAAGGCAAUAAUUUUGAUAAGAGAUUUACUUCAUUCAAAUAAAAAACUUUAUUGAUGUAGAAGUGUGAUUAGCAUUAUAUAAAGCUCAUAUAUAAAAACCUUUAUUGAUAAAUUAAUUGCUGAACUUGAAAAUACUGUACAUUAAUUGAUAUGAAACUGAUGUGAAAUUAAAAACAAAUGUUUGAGUGCAAUUGUUAAACUACUCAACUUUAAACUGUUUGUAUAUUGUACCUGUUUGCCACAACACUGCUAAUUGUUUAUUGUGCCAACAACAUUAAACAUUUCAUUUUCCUGUCA